CUUUUGCGCUUUGCAGUUCCCGGUGUCUGCUCUGUUUUGAAUCUUCUCUCUAUUUCAUUUUCAAAAAUAUUAAUCGUAGUCAGGCUGUAUUUUCAAGUCGUGUUUGUCCAGUAAGUUUUUCUGUUGAUUAACAGAUUGUUAUUAAAUCAUGGCGCAGAAAUCUAUUUUAUCCUUUUUCACAAAAACGAACGUCAAGAAGAACGAUCAACUCUCUACUGUCGGUGACGAAUCAGAGAGGAAGGUUGAGGGCAACAACAAUACGGUUAGUCCCGGUGCUGGCAACAAGAACCGAAAGCCAGUCACUUCGGACGACGAGGACAGUCCGGUUAAGAAGAAGCAAGCUCGUAAGUCGAUAGCAGCCUUUGAAUCGUCCCCAUCUCCAUCUCCGCAGAAGAAACGUGAUUCUGACAAUGGAACCCCGAUCAGUGUACCAAAGCGACCCCGCAUUGCGUCAUCGAGCAGCGAAGAUGGGGAAUCGGCGAAGAAAGAAAGUACGUCUGUAUCGAAGGAACAAGAAAAGUCAGUUAAAAAGGAAGAAGCUUCUCCGAAGAAAAGUCCUAAAGUAACAACGAAACCGAAAACGUCCGCCGCUAAAGAAAAGACCCCCAAAGCGUCGUCGAAAAAGAGUACCCCCAAACAAAAAACAAAAUCUGUAUCUUCAUCUAAGGAUGACCAAAAUGGUUUAGAAAAGGAGAAACAGAGCCCGGAUAAAAAUUCUAAGAAGAAAGAGAUAAAAAUCGAGAAAGAUUCGCCGAAAAAAGUGAAUGAUUCACCGAAAAAAGAGGAGUCCCCGAAAAAGCAAAAGACCUCCGAAGAUACGAAAGAUAAGGCGGCCAAUUUGAUGAAUUUCUUCACUAGCUCUAAGGAUGCUAAUUCAUCUUCCGGAAGCACUUCCAAGCUGGAUGGAGGAGCCGACUACAAUCCAGGCAAGAAAAACUACCACCCGAUCGAUGAUGGCUUCUGGAAGCAAGGCGAUAAAACUCCUUACAUCGCAUUAGCUCGAACAUUUGAAAUUAUCGAGGAAACAAGCGGCCGGUUGAAGAACACGGAAACGCUUAGCAAUUUUUUCCGAUCGGUUAUACUGCUCAGCCCGCAUGAUCUACUGGCGAGUGUCUACCUUUGCUUGAAUCAGUUAGCACCUGCCUACGAAGGUUUGGAGUUGGGCAUUGCCGAACACACACUUAUGAAAGCGGUUGCUCAAAGCACCGGACGUAGUUUAAGUCAGAUUAAAACGGAUGCGCAGAACACUGGUGAUCUGGGACUGGUGGCAGAGCAAUCCAAGAGCAGCCAGCGUAUGAUGUUCCGUCCGGCGCCGCACACCAUCGAUGGGGUGUUUGGUAAACUUAAGGAAAUAGCAAAACUAACCGGCACUGCUUCUAUGGCCAAAAAGAUGGAUAAAAUUCAGUCCAUGUUUGUGGCCUGCCGUCACUCGGAGGCACGUUUCAUCAUUCGUUCGUUGGCGGGAAAACUUCGAAUUGGACUAGCGGAACAGUCACUUCUGCAGGCCUUGGCUCAGGCAUGUGCAAUGACACCUCCCAAUCAGGGCGACCGCAAAGAACCUAUCGUAAAUGCGCUGCGCAAAUGCGACGAAGCUGCGGCGAAAUCCAAAAUAGAGGAAAUAGCACUUAUUCUAAAAACAGUCUACUGCCAGUGUCCAAACUACAACAAAAUCAUCCCAGUCUUGCUGGAACACGGCGUAGACAGUCUGCUGGAGAAGUGUCCCUUGGUUCCAGGAACACCACUGAAACCGAUGUUGGCACAUCCGACCAAGGGAGUUGACGAGGUUCUGCAGCGGUUCGAAGGAGUUGAUUUCACCUGCGAGUGGAAGUAUGACGGUGAACGGGCACAGAUCCAUCUGCUAGAGGACGGUGGCGUGAACAUCUACAGUCGAAAUCAGGAGAAUAAUACCAGCAAGUAUCCGGACAUUAUCGCGCGGAUGGCUAACACACGAACGGAAUCGGUGACCAGUGCUAUUCUGGACUGCGAAGCCGUGGCCUGGGAUCGGGAGAAAAAACAGAUUUUACCGUUCCAAAUAUUAAGCACUCGUAAGCGGAAGGAUGCCAACGAGGCGGAUAUUAAAGUGCAGGUGUGCGUGUUUAUGUUCGAUUUGCUUUACUUGAACGGGAAUCCACUGGUUGAACGACCGUUCCUCGAGCGUCGCGAGCUUCUGUAUAAACAUUUUCGCGAAUUUGAAGGCGAGUGGAUGUACGCCACCCGACUGGACACGAACGAUGUGGACGAACUGAGUCGCUUUUUGGAGGAAGCUGUGAAAGGUAACUGCGAAGGUUUGAUGGUGAAAACACUACAAAAAGAGGCCACCUACGAGAUUGCAAAGCGAUCCCGGAACUGGUUAAAGCUAAAGAAGGACUAUCUGGCCGGCGUUGGUGACUCGCUGGAUCUGGUUGUUAUCGGCGGUUAUAAGGGAAGGGGUAAGCGGACGGGAGCGUACGGCGGAUUUUUGUUAGCUUGCUACGACGAAGACAACGAAGAGUACCAGAGUAUCUGCAAAAUCGGUACUGGAUUUUCCGAUGAGGAUCUGCAGCAGCAUACUGACUACCUCAAAGCACGGAUCAUUCCCCGUGCCAAGAGUUACUAUCGCUACGAUAGUUCACACGAGCCUGACGAUUGGUUUGAAGCGGCUCAGGUUUGGGAAGUGCGGUGCGCCGAUCUUUCCUUGAGUCCGGUCCAUCGAGCCGCGGCGGGAAUCGUUGAUGGAGAAAAAGGCAUUUCUCUGCGCUUCCCCCGUUUCAUUAAGAUCCGCGACGACAAAUCUGCCACGGAUGCAACGUCCGCUAAACAAGUGGCCGACAUGUACCGUAAUCAGGACCAGAUAAAAAAUCAACAGCGGGACGUCGAAGAGGACUUCUACUGACCAGGUACAAGUUUAAUU